AGCCAAGUGAGACAAUCCCAAAUUUUAAUUCUGGCAGCGGGUACUGUAAUUGAUUCCGGGUUUGUUUGUAACGAAAACGCACGUGAACUUUGACAAUCCGAAGAAAAUUACUAAAUUCUAUUCAUCUUUGAAUUUUGAAUUUACCAAUAAGCAAUUUUAGUUGUUCUCGACACUAAUUUGCAGCAUGGAAUCAUCAGGGAGCGAAGGAAAUCAUGGGAAGGGGUUAAAAUCUGGACAACUCUGGUCAAACGUUCUCAUCGAUGAAACGAUCGACUUGAUGAACAACGACAUUUUCAAAACAAAAUUGGACGCCAGGAAAAGCAAUGGUCUCGAAGAAAGGGGAAAUGAACAGUAUUUGUCACAGCUGGUCAGCAGAAAGGCCAAGAACUUUGUGGCACCUCGAGUACAAAAGGCAAAAGUGGCGAAUUUGAGGGGACACUUCCGUUUCAAGUACACACUGCCAAGAGGUCGGGGUCGUGGUGGACCUGGACGACGAGGGAAUUGCACUGUUGGAAUGACAAGGGGGCGAGGUCUUGGUCGUGGAAAAUAUAGACCUCGCGAUGAACAAGUCAUUCCAAGCACAAAUCCAGGAGAAAGUCCAGCAGCAAUAAUUUACGACGCUCCUUCGCUUCCAGUAAUUGGCGGAGAUGUCGUACCAACAAUUCCUGUGGAUGAAAUCGUCAAAAGUAUGAAAGUGGUCAAACCUCCCGAGGAACCGACAAAACCAAAAACCGCCGAAGAAAUCAAAGAAGAAGAGAUGAAAAAUCUGAAAGCAAUUUUUGGAGGUGGUCAUCGACGACGUGCAGGAACUGGUGCUGGAGCGUUUUCAAACCGAAAACCGAGUGUCGCAACGGCAACGUUUUCUUCUUCGAAUGGCGAUGAUGCCAUGAUGGAUAUCGACGGAGAAAUGCCAAGACCAACUCUACAGCAGCCACAACUACAACAACAACGUUUUGAAAAUGGUGGUGGUAGAUCUCGGGAGAUUAUUGAUUAUGGAGAUGUUGAUUACAGCUUCUAAGUAUUUAAAUGUCAAGGUUUAAAAUGUUACAACAAUUACUGAUACUUAUUCAAAGUUUUGUUUAAUAAAAUGUAUUAAUUUGAUCAAUUAAUUAGA